CACUUUCUACUCGAGAAGACUUCAGGAAACCAUGACGCACUCAGAGGGCUGAGCUCCUUCAGGGGGAUAUUUUGACUCCACAGGCAGUUUACACUUAUUCUUCACCGCGUAAAGAAGCUUCAGCUCGGAAAGGAGUGCCUUCACAUUUUCCUGUUUUCUUAAACAAAAGACACGUUCGAGGAUGAAACUGAUUCUGCUCCUCGCUGUCGCGUGCCUCGCCCUACAUAACGGAAAGGGAGCACCAAGAACCGCUGUGUAUAAGUUUGUGAGAUGUAACCCUGAGGGUGGCAAGGCCAACUGUGUGACUCAACAAAGUGCAGAAAUGGAAUGGAGUCCAGACCUACCAGCCAAACUGCCUGCUUCAACUGCACAGUAUCUAGAGGCAGAGCCUGUGGAGGAUGAAAAUCUGCAGGGAGGGGAGGAAGAGGAGGAACAGAUGGAUGAGGAGUAUACGGAGAUGAUCAGUGAAGAGGGGGAGUCGCCUGUGACUUUUUCAUAUGAAGAAGGUUCUGGUGGUUAUGAAGGCUCUGCAUUUGAUGUUCUAAUGGCAGACCGGAGUGCCACUGCUGAAAGUGAGACAGGCUCUGGGGAAUCCUGGACAGUGACAGACAACGACAAAGGUGAGGACAUGUGGCAGUCGCGCCACAAACGCUCUCUGGCUGAUGAGGCAAAACCAGCAGAGCAGGAGCUGAGAGAUGACCACCUUCUGCAGCUGUAGACUGAACACCCACCCCCUUACAGACACACACACAUACAGAAGGCUAGCAACUAUUUUAUUUCCACCCUGUCUAUUCAAAUAGUAAAGCAAAUAUCGCAUCACCACCUGGUGGUGGAAAAAUCUGUUUGCUCAGAGAUUGACAAAGGCCAAAUAUAUAUUUUGUAUUCUGAGGACUAUUGACAGGAAUAGUUUUCCUCAACAACUGUAAACGAUAUAAAAAUAUUUGCCAAAAUAAAAGAAUGGUCUGCAUAAAUGAGACAUAUACACACUUGAAUUUUGUUGACAGUGAACUGUAUUUGUGCCUUCUUGUGGAAAAGAUACAAUAUGCUUUUUAAUAUAAAAAUUUGAAAUAUGCUUUCAAAAAAUUGUAAUACCAGUGCAAUAAGAUGAGACCUUUUUCCAUGCAUUGCUCACUCUGUACAGAUGUGGUUCCAACCAUUUUUUGAGCUAUGAGGCAUGUGUUCCUUUAAGACACACAAAAACAAAGACUUAUUUAUAUUAUUUGAUCCCAUUUGUCUCAAAUGUCGUGACACUUUACUCUUACUCAGGAGGGUUAUUCAGCCUAUCUUGUGAACUUCUGGCCUGCAAGGUUGAACAAGAGAAUCUUGCAAACACCAAACCUUUUGGGAAUGGAUUCAUGCAAUCUUAACCACUGUGAGCUGGAACAUAUUCAAAAUAUGUAUCAUGCACAUGCAUGCAUUUCAACAUGCUCUGCGUUGUCUAAAUUUGCAUUUGAAAUACUUCUAUUAAUAAAGGAUUUAUAACAACAGUA